GGCAGGUUAACGUUAAUAAGAUUGCUAAGAUUAACAAUAGUAAUAUUUAUUCUUUUUAUAUCGAUUCUGAUUUAGAUUUUGAUGUUAAACGGGUAAAACUUUGCAAAUGACAACACCGGAACAUCUCAGCGUGAGGAAUUGUGGGAGCGGGCACUUGAUCAAGAUGGCGUCCGGCAGCGAGCGAGAUGAGCUUGAAGACCUAGAAGCUCUGAGAUCUGCCGUGUUAGCCUCUAUGAAGAUGAAAUCCAAAGAUGAAGAAGGCAGCAAGGACAGUGAGAAGGAAGAAGCAGGGGAAGAUCCUGAACUAGCUGCUCUAAGAGCUGCUGCUUUGCAGACCAAGAAGGCAACUGUUGGAAAGCUCCUGAGCAGUGAAAAAAGAAAACCAACACACCAUCACCAAAAAAGAGAAAAGAAAGGAUCAUUCCCUUUCAAACACAACAAUCGUCCAAGUAACCUGAUAGUCAUCCAGACAGCCCCGCCUGAGGGGGAAGAGAAUGGGACCCUGACGAACCCAGGGCAGAGAGAGACGGAGAAGACUGUCCCCGUAAUGCUGAGACCACAGGACAAGUGGCUGGGGGGUCUGGCUGACGUUAAUAGUGCCACAAAUAGUCCACAGAGAGAGAAACCCAAAGACAAAUUCAGUCGAUAUGAGUCCAGUGACAGUGAAGGAUUCUCAUCAUCGUCUGGGGAAGAAAGCGAAGAAGAAGAGGCAGAGGAAGAAGAAAAGUCUGACAAUAGUGAUUCUGAUAAUGCUGAAAAAGAAUCAUUGAAAUCUGGAUCCAAUCAGUCAAGCAAUGAUGUAUCAGAUGUGGGAACUGAGGAUGAAGAUGAGGAUGUUGUCAUGGAAACAGUUGACGAGGUUGGGGGCUCAGAUAAAAGUAGCAGUGAAGAGGAGAAUUCCAGUAAUGAAGCUUCAGGAUCAGAAUCAGAGAAUGACCAUGACAGUAGUGCAACAGAAAAUUCUGUCAAACACAAACAAAAUGAAACCAAAAAAGAAAACACUGAAAGUGCUAAUGAUCAACAAAAUGUGCAAAGUACCAAUGUAAACUAUUUAAAAAAUCAGAUGUCAGGGCCAGGUCAUACGUCCACAAAACCCAGUUCACAUAGCGAUUCAGAAAGGAGCCAUUCAUACAGACAGAGUUCCUCAAAAUCUAGACACAAUACUGGAGUUGAUAAUAGGUCACAGAGACAGUCAGCAAAAGACUCGCGGAAUAAUGGCACAAACUCUUUAGAACAUUUAAAAGAAAGAUUAGGGAGAGAUUUUAUUGAAAAACGAUCGAACUCUUAUGAAAGAAAACAUUUAGGUCAAGGUCAGGUCAGGUCAAGGACACAUUCUAGGGAGCCGACUAGACAUCGAAGUGACAGACCUCAUGAUCGUGAACAUCCUAGGAGAGGUAGAACAUCUCCAAGGCGAGAUUUUAAAAUGGACCAAAUUCCUCACAAGAACAGUGAGAAAGUGAAAAGAGACGGGCCUAAUGUUCCUCACAGGGGUGAGGACAGAAGUAGAACUGGUCAGUCAAGGUCAUAUAGAGAAGCCAAAGAUAUUGUGCGCGAUAAAUCCUUAAAUCCUUCUAAAACCAGUGCUGACAAAGAGCAUACACCAAGAAGGGAGAUGGAUGCUAAGCAUAAAACUGGAAACAGUGCCAAAGAAAAUGAUUCAGGCAGGGCCAAUGACAAGGAGAUACCUGAGGGUGCAAAUGGAAAGCAACAGGAAACUUCAGACAGAGACAGUGAUUCAGAAAGUUCUUCUAGUUCCCUUGGUAGCAGUUCAGACGCAGAUUUGGCUGAGGACAGCGACAGUGAGGAUGAUGCACAGCCCUGGCGCUUCAUGCACACUGGACAGGGGAAAAAGUCCCACGAUACAAGACAGCUAUUUGAAAGAGACAUAACAGACAUUGAGCGUGAAAGGCGCUUAAAAAAACACGCAGAAAGUGACAAAAUUAAUACUAGUCUAGAACCAAAUAACGAGAGAUCUCAAAGGCCCAGAUAUGGUGAUAGGAGAGGACACGAGAGAUCUCGCCACAGGGAUUUUGAUAGGAGAUCUGAAAGAGAUGAAAAGGGUUCCAGGCAUAGAUCUCACAGAGAACCAGGGUCACAACUAAAUGAAAGAGAUUCAGGUCCAAAAUUAAGUGCGAGAGAUAAGGAUUCAAAAGUUGGUGCAAAAGAUGUCAGGUUAAAAACGGAUCCUAGACACCCUGAUCCCAAAAAGGAUUUCAAACAUUUAGGUGCUGAACGAACUAUGAGGGAUAUCGGCUCUCGGAAGGACAUGAGAGACAUGCAUUCAAAAAGAGGUGCAAGAGGUAUAGACUCAAAAAAAGAUACAAAAGAUGUGGACCCAAGAAGAGAUGCAAAAGAUGUGGAACUAAAAAGAGAUGGGAGAGAUAUAGAUACUAGAAGGGAUCAUAUGCAAAAAGAUCACCACCCCGGCAGGAUAAUUGACCCAGCUAGACAUGGACCGAAGAGAAGGUAUCAUUUGGACAGUUUACCUACAAGGAAAUUUGAAGAUUUUGAAAGCGAAAGUGAAAGUGACAGUGACAAUAAAAAGGGCCCACCUUUGAAAUCAUUCCUGUCAGUGGUUAAAAAGGACAAUGCACAAAAUGAAUUAGUCCCUCAGGUGAAAAGACCCUACAUGCCUUCUCCACAGAAAUCCGAGUGGCAACCAAAAAGAAAGAAAAGAGAAAAGGAACUUAACAGAACUGAAAAUAGUCCUUUUGAUCCUCCUGUUGUUAAACCUCUCCUCGGUGCAAGCUCGAGACCUGACACUGCCCUUCAGGGUCUUCCAUCUAGAAUUACAGAUGCAAGAGAACUAAUAAGAAAAAGGAGAGGGAAGCAAGAAAAUGUGAACAAUUCUCCAGAAAAAGUUCCAAAAACAUCUUCUGAUCUGGAGACAAAGCCCAGUCCCAUAAUACAUGUCACAUUUAACAAAGAUGACUCAACCCCUGAUCAGUCCUCAAAGAGUAGGCCCUCCAUUCUCCAGAGGAUAGGACUACCAGGCCAGAAACUCGGACACCGGUCAGUUAAGAGUGACCCCAUUCCCCAUUUAGAUACAGGCAGCAGUCAAAUAUCAAAUAACCCACAAGUAAAUAGAGACAAGCCACUCAUCACUCCCUUGAUGGACAUAGACCUUAAAGCAGGUGUUGGUGUUAUAAAAUUAAAUGAUACAUCAGAUAAAACCAGGCCAAAGCAAAACAGAGUGAAAAUGGAAGAAGAAAAACCUGUAGAAGAAACUGAAGAAUGUUCACAACCCAAAUCUACCAUCAUCAGACUUUCUACAAAACGUGAGGAGGUAAAGCAAAAUAAAAAUUCAGAACGGACUGAAUUUGAAGACACAAAAUGUCAAAGUGAACCUAAAUCCACUGUCAUUAAGUUAAAUAAAAAACCCUCAGGUAAAUCAAAUAUUUUAAAAUUGAAUCACGGUGGUGAAAAUCCCAUGCCAAAUAUAGUGAAAUUGAACAGGGGAUCUUCUCAAAAAGAGGUCAGAAAGUCGGAAGUCAAAAUAAUUCAGCCUUUAAAUGGACAAGAGCAAGAGGAGCCACAUGACACCAGGGUGUUUUUGAAGGACAAAAAUGUAGAAAGUAGCAGAGUGCAAUACAGGGAUUUCCAGGAACCAAGUGAUGUAAGAACAUUUGUCAAAUCACAGGAAAGUGUGUCAAGAACUGUUAGUAUCAAGUCCAGACUUGGAAUCAAUGUGGAGAAUAAUUCUGGAAGUGGAAACACCGUAAUUGCAAAGACAGUGCCACAUGUUGGAGGAAGGAAAAUUAAAAUUAAUCGUAAAGUUGCAGUAGAACCAAUGAUUGGACGCAAAGUGGAAAGAUCGGACAAGGCGGAAUCACCGACAUUAGGUCAUGAAAGGGAUGCUGUGGAUGACCUAGAUGCCAAAAUUAGACGUAUCCAGGAGAAGAACGCUGCCAUUUUGAAAAGACACAUUGAGAUUAAGGAGGACAAACAAAUAUUUGGUGGCAAUGUUGUAUGACAUGCCUACUGCUCAUUGGACUCUUGCUACAAUGAAAUUAAUUUAUGCCAUAUUUUUUGAUAAUUUGCUUUAAGCCAGUGUAGUAUUUUGAACUAACUCACUGAUGAAUAUGACAAAAAAAACUAUAUUAUUCUUUCUAAAGGUCAGAUUU